AUGACAGAACUUGCCAAGAAGACCCCAUCAACCCUUAGAGAGUUCAUGGGCAAGGCGGAUGAUUUUGUUAACACCGAGGACACACUACAAGCAUUGGUGGAUCCACGGAAGGAGAACAACAAAGUCGAGUGGAGAAGUGGGCAGGUUGACAAGAAGCAUGGAUUGAAUCGACAAGAAAGAAGGAAAGAAAGGCGGCCAAACCACAAUCCUAGGCUGAUAUAUAACAAUUUAAGUGUGCGGGAAGAAAAUAAAGAUAGAAAGGAACGACAUCAAGUUAAGACAGGCGGUCGCUACUGCAAAAUACUCAAAACCCAAGAGGUGCCAAGAGUAUGGGUGGAUACUAGAAGAAGCAAUAGUCCUGAUCGGCGGUGUCAACACCGGGCUAAUGGACACCAAGACAAUAGGGAGAGGGUGCCCCUAAAAGAUGAUAAGAACAGGGUGCCUAUAGGAGAAAUUCGGACAAUAGCAGGGGGCUUUGUUAGAGGAGGAGUGUCUACGUCUAGCAGAAAGGCGUAUACACAAAGGGCAAGAUAUGAAGAGGUAUAUGUGACAAAUAGGGCCUCUAAGCACCAAAAGCUUAGUAACCAGAUGACAAUAUCCUUUGGGAAGGAGGAUCGGGAAGGAGUGACGUAUCCACACGAUGAUGCUUUGGUAGUCACCCUUGUAAUAGCCAACCGUAUGACUAGGUGGGCACUAAUUGACAAUAGAAGCUCUGCAGAUAUAUUAUUCUGGGAAGCGUUCGUCAAGAUGGGUAUCAAUGCUGAUAAACUAAGGCCCUCCCCAACACCACUAAAGGGUUUUUUUGGAGAUACAAUAUAG